AUGGCAUACAUCAUCAUUGAAAACAUCUUAAGCUUCAUCCUUUACUGGAUCAAGAGAUUCCGGCGGGCACACAAUCCCAGUGCUACGGGGGAUGCAGGAUACAACCAUAACGUAACAGUGGUCGUGGAGCACAACUCACAAUGGCGUGACCAACUCCAGGAGAUCCCAGUGCUCAUCUAUGGUGAGUUGCCUGCAUCUUUGCCUUCUUGUUCCACCGGCUCCGAGAUUUGCCCAGUGUGCCUAGCCGACUAUAUGACCGGAGAGGAGGUGCGUGUCUUGCCUCGCUGCCACCACAUGUUCCACAGGGACUGCAUCGAUCGAUGGCUCAUCACCAUGUCUUCCCUCUGCCCUAUUUGCCGGGACCGUGUGAUCGAGCAUGUUGUCAAGGUGGCAGAUAUCGAUGGUAGUGCUGCCGAUCGCAGCAGCAGCAGCAGUCAAAACAGUGAUGGAGAUAACGUGGGUUAUCCGCAGAGCUUGAGGGUGCAUGUGGCGAUAAAUGUGAUGCCUUCUGUUUCUUCAUCAAAUCCGUGA